UAACAUGGUGAUAGCAAAUAAUGCCAUAACACUGACACAGAUCCGGGAUGCAGUCCUCCAAAACAAUGGCGUCUUCCAAAACAUCAACUCCAUCAGCAUAUCAACAAUAGACCGGGUUCUGAAGAAGAACCUAAUCACCAUGAAACAGAUAUACAGAGUACCAUUUGAUAGGAACACUGCCAGAGUAAAAGAGCUGUGGUACCAGUAUGUGCAGAGAAUCCUGGCACUGGAGGGGAGUGAAACACCACACAUCCUAGUGUUUGUUGAUGAGGCAGGCUUCAACCUGGCCAAGGGCCGCAGGCGUGGCCGAAACAUCAUUGGCCAGCGGGCCACAGUGGAUGUCCCAGGCCAGCGGGGGGGAAAUAUAACCAUGUGCGCGGCUAUUUCAGAAAAUGGUGUGGCCACCCACACUGCAAGCUUGGGCCCGUAUAACACAGAGAAACUCCUCCGUUUCCUGGACCAACUAUAUGUAUAUUUGGUCCCAGAAAAUGAGAGGGGUCUCGAAGGGCCCCACCUACCCCAGUUUGUCAUUGUAUGGGACAAUGUUAAUUUCCACCGUGGUCCACGCAUCCGGGCAUGGUUCAACAUGCAUCCAAGAAUGCAUAAUGUCUUGUUACCACCAUAUUCUCCAUUCCUGAAUCCUAUCGAGGAGUUUUUUCUCUGCUUGGAGAUGGAGAGUAUAUGAACACCAUGCUGAAAACCAGAGGUCUCUCCUCAAUGCUAUGGAUGCUGCCUGUGAGGAUAUAACAGGUGAUCAGUGUAGAGGAUGGCUCAGGCAUUCACGACGCUUCUUCCCACGCUGCAUCUCAAGAGAAAACAUCAGAUGUGAUGUUGAUGAGAAUCUGUGGCCGAACAGAGCACAGAGAAUGGAUGGCCAGGAAGAUGAGGAUGGUGACCAGGCGAGAGAGGGGAGUGACCGCGACUAAACAAAAUGUCUUCAUUUGUGACUCUUUAUUUACAGUAUUCAUUUUUUGUUUGUUUUUGUGGGUUUUUGUAUUUUGUGUACACAGUAUACACAGCGUAUACAUUUUCCUUUUUAUUGUUCCCUACCUACAGUAAUGUGUACAAUUCACGUUAGCUGAGAAUAAAAAUGAAAAUUCCUCGGCAGAA